GUCUGGCUUAAGAAAACCGACAACAACCAUGAAGAGGAGUUUGGUUCUUGCUGUUGUCCUCGUUCUGGAAGGGGUCUUUCGGACUGAAGCCACGUCAGUAACAGGACGUCAGGGGGGAUCAGUCAAAAUAACAUGCUCUCAUUCUUAUGCCACCACCAAUGUCAAAUAUUUCUGCAAAGGAGCGUGCGGUGACGCAGACGUCCUGAUAAAAAGCAUUCGCAUGCAGCAUGACGGGAAGUACCAUAUAGAAGAUAACGGAAACACAUUCUACGUAACAAUAUCAAACCUGCAAAAGAGCGAUGAAGGAGUUUACUGGUGUGGCAUUGAGAGAGCUGGAGUGGACACGUACAGCCAAGUGACCCUCACUGUAGAGGAAGAGAAACCAGGAAACGGCCUGAGGAUGCCGGGUUCCAAUCAGAUGGUGUAUCUUGGAACAGGUCUGGGUGUGGCGGUGCUGGCUCUGGCGACCGUCCUGCUGUUGUUCUUCAGACUCAGAAAAAGAGACGUCAGCACGUCUACAGGAAAAAAUGAUGUUAUAUAUUCAAAGUCCUCAAUCCAGAAGAAAUCCCAACAUGCCAACGCCGCUUCAUCAGUCACUGGGCAGCAAGGGGCAGAUUUCAGGGUCAACGCGGAUCAGCCGGAGGUUCUGUACUCCAACAUCCGUUCAGAACCUGAGAUCCAGUCAGAUGACCUCUGUUAUUCCACCCUCAGCUUCAGCGAACACCCAGCAUGCAGCGCUGCAUCUCCUCAAACCGAACUAACCACGUACUCAUCUGUUAAAUUCAAAUCCAAAUCUGACGGCUGAACAGCUUCAGUUCAGACAAAUAUCAUUUGUUUACAUCUUUGACUGAGAAAAUGACAUCUGGCGAUUACGGCAAAUGUUUUUAAGUUUAUUCUUGUGUCCUAUAAAUCAGAAUAUGUAUUUCACAGAGGCUCAGUUGUCAGCUGUUUUUCUUUUGUUUUGUUGUUUUUUUAAAUUAUCAUUGUAAAUAAUUUCAAACGCU